AACGAGUCCUAUUGCACGCGUGUGGGAUUUUCGUGCGCAUCCGAGAACCUGCGUAAACUCACGUCAAUGUACACGCGUCGUCCUCGUCCAUUCAUCUGGGAGCAAUACCGACGUUCACUUGACACGUUAGCGGAGUGAUAAAGUUACUGCACGAUUACAAGCAAUGGUGGCCCACACUGUACUUCUGGACUUUACGGUAUCCAGCAGUGUGAUCGCCGACAUGGAAAAGCGAUCAGGCCUGAAAUCGGCGAUCGCGAAUGUGCUGGCAGAGCACUUCACCGGUCUCAAGCCAUUGAUAGAGUCUAAUAUCGAUGGCAAUUUGCUCAUUUUGUAUACUGGGCCCAGGGGCAGUCUAAUCACUGUCAGGGGAUACACGGAAGGCCUGAUUACGUUAAACAUCGAGUAUUACAAGCAGGACGACCAGGAGGCACUCUUGACAUUUGAGCAGUGGCGAUACUUGGAAGCUGAUGUUGCCAUGGCUUUGAACAGCCAGCGCAGCAAGCGUUUACCGCCAGUAAGACGAGGAACCAUAUAUGACCUCUAUCUGACGCUAUCAGAUGAACGGUUGCUCGAGUACGACAUCGACAAGCUCGUGUUUGAAGCCAGAUCGCCCUACCAGAAGGUACAAAUCGUGCACUCCAAGUCGCUAGGCAAUCUACUGGUACUCGAUGAGCUGCAAAACAUGUCCGAGGCAGAUCUCAUAUACACAGAGACACUCAUGCAGCGUGGCAAGGAGGAUUAUGCUGGCAAGGAGAUAGUGAUACUCGGCGGUGGCGAUGGCGGCUUAUUGUGGGAGCUGCUGAAAGAGAAACCAAAAUUUGUCACAAUGUUGGAAAUUGAUGACAUUGUCAUGAAAGCAUGCAGUCAGCAUAUGCGGAGUAUAUGCGGCGACUGUUUGGACAAGAGAAAGGGCGACAAUUACGAGAUCAUAGUUGGCGAUUGCGUAAAAGCAUUAGCGCACAUGAUCGAGGAAGGACGUCAGUUCGAUUACGUUUUCGGCGAUCUGACGGAUAUUCCUAUCAGCACAACACCCCACGGUGAUGCCUGGGACUUUAUUAGACUGAUCCUCAACUCAUCGGUGAAGGUGUUGAAGCCCACUGGAAAGUAUAUGACGCACGGAAAUGGUGCGUCCUGCCCGGAAUCAUUGAAGAUGUACGAAGAGGUUCUGUCGCAACUAUGUGUACCGAUUACGUUCACGAAGGAUCGUGCCUUCGUUCCAUCUUUCUUCGAGGACUGGAUCUUUUAUCAAGUCUCAUUGAAAUGAUGGAGUAAAGGAUGUUUGGGCAGAAUCCGGAGGACCAUACCAGAGCGGCCUCCUCACAAUUCGCUGCCCCUCUUAUGACGUAAACUGCUCCCUAGUUUAGUCUUGUUAAUUAAUGAAAUUAGUUCCUGAGCGAGGCGAAUCAAACCAUUAUUAAUUCUUUUUAAUCGUUAUGGACGCGACAAUCAGUUUUUCUUGUUAAUCCUUUACAAAUAUGUAAUUUUUAAUUAUGUUUAACUGACUGAAUCAUUUCAAUGUCGAAGAAGCGAUCGUAAGAUACGAUUAUGUACGCGAAAAAUGCCAAGCAAGCAAUAGGUUCACUGUUGAUGCGCUCGGUUUCUAUCGCAACUCUCAGCAUGUACUAAAUUGAUGCUUUCUUUUUCCUUUUUCAAUACGAAGCAAAUUGUAUACGAUCGUACUCGCUGACAUUUUCAAACGUAAAACAAAGGCGUCCUUCGAACAGUUAAUCAACUGUAUACAAUUUAAAUCGCUUUGCGUUUAUAAUCCUUUUCCUUUAAUCCCUAAUCAGUAAAAGGAUUAACGACAGCGCGCGCGCACAUUUUGUUUUCUUUAUUUAUAAAAUAUUUUACGCGAAUAUACUUGUUCGCGACAAUUCUUAUAUUAAAAUAUGUAUAUCGAUAUACACACACACACACACACACACAAUGUGUAUAUAUAAAUAUCACAUACAUAUAUUCUGUACUUUAAGGCUCGAUGUAAGAACAAUGAAAUUUUGUCAGGAUAAAUUAUUUUUCUAGCAAA